UCUCAGGCCCGCGCGUUCCACUCCCCCUUCGCCAUGCUCUCGAAGCGCGAGUCGCCGCUGACGGCGCCCCCCGCGCCCGCGUCCUCCGUCGGCGGCCUCUACGAGAAGAACGUCCAGUACGACUCGGAGCCCUUCACGUCCGGCGCCGGCCACCGCACCUACGUCGUCUCCACCCCGGACCCCGCGAACACGCCCUACGAGGUGCCCUCGGGCGCGUACCCCACCUCCGCCCCGUACCAGAACUACACCCGCACGGAGGCCCCCGCGCCCUCCGGCGCGCAGUUCGCGUCCACGAGCACCGGCUUCGCGCACCCGCUCACCAACAGGGUCCCGCGCAACGAGGCCGGCGUGGGCGAGUCUGCCGCGGUGCGCUAUCGCGAGGCCCAGGGCGAGCUGCACGCCCGCGGGGGCAGCUAUGGGGGCCAGGGCCUGGCGGACGCCAAGGGCACGCAGCGGGGCAGCGAGGGCGAGCUGCCGGACGUGAACCCCCCUCCGCUGUUCGAGAACGCGGAGCGGUUCUCGAAGGCGGGCGUCGACAAUGCCUGGAAGGAGCGGAAGUGA